GACACAAUGUCGGAUCAGUCAGUUUUAUUUUUCAAGUGGUAUGACUCGGUAGCGUAGCAAAAAAACUUUUUACGUUAAAGCAGUAUGACUUAAGAAUGAAUGAGACCGUUUUUAUUUUUUAGCGUCAUAGCUGUCUCGUUAUUUCUAUUUUUAUUUGCCUCCAUUUUCUUUUGUCAAAAACCACUUUAAAUAAAAAUGUUUGAUUGUGCUUGAGAAGUUAGGUUAGGAUUCUGCUAUAGCCAUUAUUUUGUAAAGACAUGUGCAGCAUUUACGGAAACAUGUACAAACGUUCGAUGUAACGCAAUGAGUAGCAAAACGAAUACAUCAUGUGACACGACAACUGCUCUACCUAAAAAUUUGAGAAACUGUCAGACCUCGAAGACACAUGACAGGGAACAUAAGCGUGUAACAGUGAAUGCUUCCAAGGAGAUUGUGUUACUCGGUCAAGGCGAUGUUGUAGAAGUCACGGUAAAACGGGACGACAAGGCAAAGGGACAGAAGCGUACUUCACCUACAGUGAGUUCUGGCCAUGGACAGAAAAUUGAUAAAAAGAGAUCCAUGAUAAAUAACGGUGAGGCUCCGCAAAGUUGGGGUCGCGUCUUUGCGAAACAGAAUUUAUUAUACAUGACACAAUCAUCAUCGAUGUCUGCUAAACACCGCGAGGACAAAGAGACGAGGCAAAAUGUAGGCGAUAAAAGACAGCAAGCGAGUUCGCACAGUUGUGCUAAGCAUAUGGAUCCAUCAGUUUCAUCUAAAAGGGCGUCUUGUCAAAAGAAGUCGGGCGAUAAUUCAAAAAUGCCAUGCUGCGUGCCCGUUCUGGUCCAGGAUCGUGCUAUACAGCAUCCCGAUAUGGCCGACAGUGCCGACAGAUUUGCCGAAUUUAAUCCAGUGCGUACACUAAGCUUUUUAAUAAAGGAGUUGAAAGAUUUAGUUAAGAACGACAAGAGAACUUGUGAAAUCUUCACUGAAAUGGAACGGAUACUGUCGAAGAUGCCUGUAGACUCUGGAAGACCUCUUGAACUUGGGGAUUUAGAAAUGAAAUUGCAGACUAGUACGAUCCAGCUCAAGGAGUCGAGCAAAAAGAUGAAGGCCAUGUGCGAAUCGUGGACAGCGGAACGAGAAAAAUUGCACAGCCAAAUCCAGAGGCGCGACGUCGACCUGAAGGGAGCGAAUCAGAGACGGGCAGAUUUAGAGAUGGAGAUAAAGACGCUUACGCAACAGUUGGAGGAUGCGACUCGGACGGCUAAAGACGAGCUAACGGCACUCAGGCGACAAGUUAAGAGAGACGAAUUGUCGGACGAGCUGAUCUCGGGCCUGAGAACGGAACUGGCCAAGCAAACGGAGCUCGCGCGAAAGAAUUACAUCAGCAAUCAAUAUCUGACGAUCGAGAGGGACAAACUCUCGCAGUUGUCCUCUUACCAAGAAACGUUAAUCGUCAAGUAUCAGGACACGAUAAAAGAGUUACAAGCACAAGUUGCGGAGCAAUUGAAAGCGUUGAGCAAAGCGCGUGCGAACGAGGAGAACGCCAGUCCGCAAAUAUCGGCGAUCCACACGGGUUUCGUGUGCUCGUCCCCCACUUCGAGCAUCUCCGAUCGUUCCAACAAAUCCUGGCACGACUUGUCGGACGUCUCCUCGGUGCCUGCGGAGCACGCUCUGUCGGAGGAAAACGUGCCCGUCAGGGAUUCGGUGGCCCUAAAGCUCGUCAGCUUGGAGCUCGACGGGGAAUCGUCGCACGACAUCAUGUUCGAAUCUUGUCAAAAUCAAGUUACGGGCGACAAGGAAACAGUUGCGCAGGAUAACCGUGACGACAUGAUCAUUCCGAACGCAAACAACGCCAAGGACGCAGUGACGAAAAAAUCUCUGCAUCGUUCUCCGAAAAAGAGGCACGAUAAAGAGAACGACCUGUACGAGACGAGGAAGGAAAAACCGAGGGAAAGCAGCAAGCACUCGCUCGAGCGCGAUACCUCGAAGAUCCUACGAGGCGUCGCGUCUAACAAGUCGACUUCUGGCACGAGGAGGCAAGACGAUGUACAAAGUAGAAUACCGAUUAACGUACCAAGUCCGUUACGAGAGUACCUGUGCUCCGAUUGGAGCGACAGCAGCCUGUCCAGCGUUAACACGGCUUCCGCUGACUUGGAUAUGGUGAAGGACGUUUAGGAAGCUAAAUGUCUCACGCUCAGCACGCUCAAAGUCGAUGGGACCAAUAAUGGCGACUCUACCUCGCCAUCUUACUCGCCGUAGCUGCUGAUCGACUGUUUCGUCAACGCCAAUCUAUACGAUUCAAUUGAUCAAUUGAUUGACACGUACGGAUUUAUGUCUCGUGGCGGAACUACGGAACGGACUGCCAUUCAUUCCACUCGAUAAUAAAAUCUGCGAUCGCCGUUUGAAAUUGAUGCACGAAACAACAAACGUGAAGUUGCAACCUAUUUGUAUUUUGCAUAAACAUUAAAAGUUCUUUACACGCAUACACGCACGCGCACACACACACGCGCGUACAGACAUUCGUUUUCCCAUAUUAUUUAAAGCUAAGUUAGAAAUUGAAUGAAAACUGUAACAGCCAAAUUGUAAAAAUAAACAGGCAAAAGUAUAUUUUUCUGUAAAUAUAUAAAAUUUUUAUUUGUAAAUUUUCACACUUGUAAUUCUUAUCGAUUAUCAUUAAAAUUUUGACAAAUAUACCAGUAUAUA